UCUUGUCGUGUCCUCCCAGCGUCUCCCCCACAGACCGAGCCCCUCUCCUGGUUACAGAGCCAGGGUUAUAAGAGCAGGAGGGGUCGGUCAUGUUAUACCUGUCUUAUACAGUCUAUGUGUUAUACAUGUGGCUGCCACUGUGAAACAUGAGGAAGCACAAACAGUCCUCAACAUGUUCAAAGUACAUGUCUUACAGAAAAAAAGAAUCUCAAUGACACAGCAAACAUUAAAUAAUUUAAUGUCAAAAUCAUCAUGUUAUACAAAGAGUUAAAUUUAGUACAAAGAACUAUGUCAUAAAAGUACAUUGACAAUACACUUAUUGAAAUAACCGCUCGUACCCUGUGAGCCUGUUGCUAUAACAACACCUUUAUGAGGAAAGAUGAUGGUAAAUGAGCCUCUGAGGUCUUAUUAGUAGAAGAUGUCUAUUCUGUCUUAUUGAUUUUGUUAGACUUUGGUCCAUUUCAGACAUUUGCAUAUGCACUCUACUGACUGCUUUAACUGAAGUACCAGGUCUGGUGUAUUGUUAAUGUGGACAUGCUGUUGUCUUGAUGUGCUGUCUACAGCUGCAGCUGAGUGGGACAGAAUUUCCAAGAGGGCAACGAGGAAGAAGAAGCUGCAUCAUUUGCAGGUAUGUUUAAAAAUGUUAUAAAAUACUGGAAAAUCUGCAUAAACCAUGUACCCUAUGCAUGCAGGAAUUAUUUUGGGCCAGUUAGCCAACUUUAGUGUUAGUAAACUAAAGCUCUUAUGAUGUUAGACUUUCAGGCUUUUACCGGCCAUCGGGCAACCCAAGCAAAAUCUCUGUCACCAGUGAGCCCGUCUCUGGGCCAGUCAAUUUAAGCCCACCUCUAGUUAUCUACCAUUCACUAAUUCAUUUUGUUUCAGGUCGUUUCAGGUUUAUCUUCUCCACUAAUUUCUUUAAAUUUCUCAUUUUGCCUCAUUUCAGCUAACCUCACUUCACUGCUUCUUGUCUAAUUGUAAUGCGUCUCACCACAUCUCAGCUGAACGCAUUGUACCUAAUGUUGCCUUCUUGCUUGUCAUUGCAUCUCAUCUGAUCUCAUCUCACCUUAUCGCAUUCGUCCCAUUUAGUUUCAAGUCUCAUUUUCUCUCCUGAUUCAUUUUAAUUUUUCACCUUAUCUCAUUUCAUCUUGUCACAUGUUAAUUUAAAUGAAUCAGUUCAUUUAAAUUAAAUGUGGGAACAUUCAGCUCAGCACAUCAACAGGAGAGCAACAGGUGAAGCUGCUCUAUGUUUCCUCAGAGAGAGAGAAUGCUUAUUUCCCUAACCAAAUUUUCUUUGGUAACCGCUCAUUACACAACAGUGCCAUAGCCACACACACACAGUCAGCCCAGUUCACCACUGUGUGAAGAGUCCGACCUUUGUCAGCUCAAUAGCUUUAUGGUCAUUGACUUCCAUACAGCAGCGUAGUCCCCCUUCACAGUCCUACAUGUGUGUUUGCUAGAACCACUGGACUCUGAUCUAGAGGUCCACCAUUCAUCUAAUUGUUUUAUUAGAGCACUCACAAAACAAACACACAGAACCCAACAGUGGCACCAUGUCAGGACUGACAUCUGCUCUCACACACACUUUAUGGUUACACUGUAUGGAGCACAUGUGUGAAUCUGUACUGGUAGAGCUCUGUGUCCGUAUUUAUACAGUAUGUGUGUUGAAAGUUAUCUGAACAUGUCUCGAGUCUUGGUGUCAGUGCUUCGUGAAUAUGCUCCUUAUUUCUGUUUUCAGACAUGAAUAACUGAUAAUGAUCAUCAUAACAUAGUAUAAUUGUCUUUACUGAAGCCAUAACAUUCAGCUGCUGUAAUAAAUAAAAUGAACAGACCAUACUUAUUGAGAGGAAGAUUGGAAGAUUGACUUUUUAAAAAUUAUUACCAAUUAAAUGACACAUCAUUUAAUAUAAAAUAAAUGUGUAAAUUGUUUAGAAAAAUGUAUGAAUAUAAUCUAUACAUGUCCAAAGUUAGAUAUUUUAUCAAGAAGACUUACAACAACUUUGCUAUUUGAACAUAUGAAUCAGCAAAAUGAUUUGAAUCAGAUGUUUCUUACAGACAGUUUAGCUGGGAAUUAUCUUACUGGGAUGAACCACAGAGGCAUUUCAAGGAAAAUUCCAAGUAUUAUUUGAUAUAGACAUACUAGUAGCUAUGUGAGGCUGUAGGUUUGAGCUAAAUAUUAGGUGUAAUAUUAACCAUGUUCACUACCUUAGUUUAGUGUGUUAGUAUGCUAACAUUUGCUAGUCAACGUUAAUUAAUAACGUUAAUUAAGGAUGUACAUUUUCAAAGAGGGUCUGUUGGAAUGUAAGUCUUUUCUUCAAUCUAUCUAUAUUCCAAGCAGCUUCUCUGACACACCCAGUUACUGUGGUUCACUGAUAAACCUCGAGUUGGCCCACAACAUAAAAUACACCAUUAAAUGGAGCUUGGGUGUGAUUCAGACGCUGCCAAGUCUGCACAUAUCAAUACACUCAUUAACACAUUUACUGUAGGCUUAAAAGAUAACAUUCAGCCUCUGUGGGAUCAAUACUAUUAUUGGUAGUGCAUCAUCACACACACACAUUUUCCUCAGAUGGCCCAGGUUUGCUUCCUGGGUCUUUACCUGAGUUCACAAUCCUAGCCUGUGACAGAGACAUCACUGUCUCAGUGUGAUAACAUGGAGCAGCUUAAUGUUUAGCCCAUGUUCUACACACACACCUACACAAACACACACACACACACACACACACACAUAGGGAAGCAGUGGGAUUACAAAGGCACAGAGACCCAUAUGCCGCCGAGGGAUGGAAACGAGAAAACUAAAUACAAGGAGAACGCAAGCUAGUUAUGACCAAGGGACCAGUGUUGAAAAUGAAGCACCAGCAGAGCCACAUGGCGGCAGCUCCAGUCACCCUCUCUCUGCUCUAGUUCGUCUCUAUGUGUAUGCACUGCAUGGCUGCCUGUGUGAGGUGGCCUUCACUGCUGUGUGGGACUGGUUCAGCACCCAGGACAGGAGGCUGGCAGGUCACAGCAGCCUGUGGGCACUGCCUAUGUAUGCCACUGCAAUCUACCUCAUGGAGAGCCUGCGAGCGUGGCUACUGGCUCAGCAUCAGCCACUGCCUGUGCGUCUCAUGGUCUACACCCUGUUCAUCUACUUAUGGGAGUUCAGCUGGGGAGCAGGGCUGAGGCUGCUGAGAGCCUGUCCCUGGGACUACUCAGGUUAUAGGUACAACCUGGGAGGACUGGUCACUCUGGAGUAUGCACUACCCUGGGCUGUGGCAGCAUUUAUAGCUGAGCAGCAUGUGAUCAGGAACACACUGAGGAUUAGACUGCACAGCUGAACAGAUACCAAUAUGGAAUAAUGUGCUUCCAAAAACAGCCACAAAACAUUUAUGAACAAUGUUUUAGGAUACAGCGCUGUGAGUUUUUGAUAUUUUAACAUUAAAAAGUUGAUUAAUUUAAUUGAUUGAUUUAAUCUCUUAAUGUAAUUAAAGAGUAAAGAAAGUCAAAUACAGGCUAAAGUAAGAAAACAGUCUUUGUGUUAAAUAAAAGAAAAAACCCAAAACAAAAACAAUAAACAGUAUUGAAAUACCCCUGGAUAUUCCUCCUGCAUCAAAAUCCACCUCUAUGCUGCCCAUCAGUAUGCUUUUUAUGUUCAUCACUGCUAUAAAUUUUAAUCCAUUCAUUCAAACUGGCUGCCAGAAAGGAGGAAACUUUAGCUAUAAAUUAUACAUAUAUAUGUGUGUGCUUUUUAAAAGCUGGGAUUAGCAGUAACAGCUAAUGGGAUUUAGAGCAGUCCUACACCUACGU